AUGGCGCCCAAGAAGAACGUGAAGAGUCAACGUCGACGGCUUCUAGUACAGCCUCACAAACAAGCUGCACGGGCACGUCCAGGGAGCAGCGUUGUCCUCCCUCGGCCAUUAGCAAGGACCAUAACCACUCUACACCGUGGGCAUGGUAUUUCCAUUGCGGCUCCAGGCAGUCCGCGCUAUGUCAAUCUAUCGACCGUACCCAACCCCCAGCCCGAUCACUCGACUUCUCACCAUACUCCCGUGCAGCAACCGGAGAGCAGUGCUGUAUCUAUCGCUCGCCAACUUACACGGGUCAAUCUCGUCGAGCGGCGUUCAUCUCCUGCACUUCGGCUUCCUGACAUUGGGAGUCAAUGCACACCAGAAGAUGCGGAAGACCUUUUGGAGAUGAUGACUGGAUACUUCCGGCGAUGGACGGAAACUGGCGCUGUCCUAAGUUUACCUAACUUUUUCGAAGACAUGAACACCAUCGUCGAUAGAAUGCAAAGUAUUUCAAACCUACCGAAUGAAAUCGUGGCUUCUCCCAGCCUUCUCCGAAGCCUACAUGAGCUCGAAAAGGAGUAUACUACAUUUGCCUUCAUUUGGGCCCCCUGCAUCCAGUCAGCAUUUGCUGAGAAGCUCGCUGAACUGCAAGCUCAGAUCCGCCAAUCGCCCACAUCCGUCCGUGAACCAACAUUCACGUCUCUGAUAUCAGAUAUCCAGUCUAUGUUGCCUCAUCCUGCACUUCGACCUAUCUUGGAUCUGGCUGAGGAAGAUGCACUGGUACUCUUAGACCCGGAUGUCGCAAGAGAUCUCAUGACUCAAUGCGAGGAAUUGCAUGACACCUUCCAAGCCUCGACUUACAAGUCGGAAAGAAGGAUGCUCUGGCUUCUCAUCUGGAAGUGUCUGAAAGCCGCAUUCAUGAACUACGAGGUCGGCGGCUUGACGCAUGUCACCGAUCAACGGUGUCUCGAAGCUGAUUUCUUCAGUAAGCCUGGAGUCAGCAGGGAGUUGAGGCGCCUGAUCCAGUUGCCCGACGCUGCAAACCCAAGGACAAUCGAAAACAUAGUCGGCAAAUAUUGCCGCUUCAUUGACAGAUGUCGGGCAAAUCCCCACGAAAGAUAUUUCCACCUCCGCCAGUUACGCGAGAAGUCAUUGAGAAAUCAUGUCUUGUCUUCACUCAAGAGGUUUGCCGAGUCCAGGCUACCCGAUACGAACAUAUGGCCCAAACUACACUUUGCAGUCAUCCGGCUGAACUCCAUAAACGGCGGUCCAGCCGUCGUCAGAAGAUGGAGAGAAGAAGAGACACAGGGACAGCGGGUCAAUUCGCCUUCUUACCUCCCCUCCUCACCCGGGAGUCAUUCUUCGGUCAGCCCUCGUAGGAAUCCAGGCGCAGAGACAACCAGUGUGCCGCAUGGCGCGGCCCGUUCCUCGCCAGCCACUGAUUCAAGCAUCGUCGGGGACACAGAGAGCGCUCCGACUACGACAGAACUACAUAUCGCAGCCCAAAUCCGUGAGCGGACAAUUAAGCGUUCGUUCCCUCAUCCGCAAGGAAUAAACUACAGAAGCGCUUACGACUACGUUCAUUGCCCGUUUCCCGAAACACGCGCUCAUGAAGUUGCUCAAAGCGAGCAGAUUUCCCGCGAAUUGGCAAGCCCUGAGAUCUACUCGGAAGGGCCUCGAGUCGAGUAUCUAGUCAACAGACCUCCUGCCCAUACUCAAGAUCCAGCCACGCUUUCAGUCUUCACAACAAGACGGAAGCUAGGACCCUUUGGGUGGGUUCGCUCGGUCGUACGAAAACUCCUUCACAGUAAAGGUCGAACUGCUUCACCAAUUGUUCUCGUCCCUCGCAAGGGUAGGGGGGAUCGCCCUUCCGGUCGCCGCCGUGGCGUCAUUGACCCAGACAGUCGCAUCCAGAAGGCAUCACCCACAAUCAGGCUACGAGGCGGAGGCGGCGGCGAAUCAAUCCACAAGCAGCCGGGUGCCAAAAAGCCGUCAAUACGGCUACGAUUCGCUGCUCCAAAAAGCUUCCAAAACCAGCAUAUUGCGUUGUUCAAACGCCAAUUCCACGCCAGACAUGGCUCCCUUGCAAGUCCAGAUGGACCCAACAUUCUGAGGCUUUUGGAGCGAGCAACAUAUCAUAUCGAUGAUGCUUUGGACCUAUAUGGAGACCAUGCCCUCACACAUGACUCUGCAGACACAGAAGUUGCACAAGUUGACGAGCCCAAGGCAGUCGAGGAGAACCGCACUAUACCGCGAUGGCAGGGUCCUCCUGGACCGUCAGCACCUCCUGCCGGAUCAGCUCCCCUGCGACGACCUCUUGGAGAGCUCCCAGCUGGUGGUGAGGUGUAUGAUGACAAUGCAGGAGAGCUUGAUGAUCUCAGGCCAAACCCCCACCGUCAACCGUUACGUGAGCUCCCGGCUGAAGAAGAGGGGUGUGAUAGCGCUCAGGGCUCGCCAGAUAGUGCACGAGACCAAAGUCAGCAAGGCUCUAGCAAUGAUACGGAACGGGAGGGGUCGUUUCAUCCGUCGAACCAGGAGAAUCAGCCACCUAUUGAGAUUCAUGGCGAUGGGCAGUGCCACGAGUGUCCUCAAUUCCCUGGACAGUAUCAUCACUUCUGCCAUUGCCAAGUUCAGGUGGUCCAUGUGCAGAGAUCUCCCCAUAGCAGCAACGAGGAUGAGCUAUCGGAGGAUUCAAUGGAAGUCCAGGACGAAAACCGAGAUCCUCGUCACCCAGAAGAUUCCAUCGAAAUCUACGACGAAAAUAUAGAUACUGAUGACCGUGAAGAUCCAAGCGGGGACGAUGACGACAAUGCAUCAGUCGAUACCAUUCCCGGUGGCCAGUAUCGCCCAGUUCGAACACUGCCUCACCUUAAUGAUGACGUGUGGGUAGAGGAUUGGCCAAUCCGUGACGAUGACGGGUUUGGACUUAUAUUCAAGACCAUCGGGGAGGCAGAUCUGAGCAAAGUCUUCGGACACUUGGAUGGAUGUCUUCCAGAACUGGCCACGUCUCCGCAAAAGAGGGCCGAACUUCGCCAUGACCUUGAGGAUCUUCGAAGGCGCACAAAUGAGCUCAGAGCCGCAUACAGGGCUCUCGUGGGCAGUAUUGAGCCAAUACAGUUGGACAAAGUCCCCAAAAACGAGAAGCUGCGGCGCGAUCCCGACUUUCCCGCGAUCCCAGAACUCAUUAUGAGAGCAUCCAUCGAGGUCAAAGAGCAAUACAGGCGCAUGAAGGGUAUGUUGGACAAAUAUGCAAGGCCACAUCCCAACCUUGCUCUUCUUCAGGCUUUGAACCGAUUCUUCCGACUAAUUCGUGACUUACGGCGGCUAUUCAUCGAAUAUGACCACAGGGUUAGUAGCCCCAGUUCAGACGAGGAGGAUCUGAGCGACACAGACAGCCAGCCAUUUCUCUCGGAUGAAGAGCAAGAUCGAGUCAACAACUACGAGCCACCUCAACGUCCGGGCCUGCCGACCAGAAAGGAGUAUGAUAUCAUGUUCAAGGACGAAUUGCUGCGAGAGCUCAAAGUCGAACGCAGGGACCGUCGGAAAAAGAUUGAUAACAUGACCAAAAAGCAGCUGAUCCGAGAGCUGACGCGUUGCGAUCGGGAAGGGAACUUGGGCGCUGGAGCUCGACAUGGCUAUAGGAACAUGAUGGAGGACCCGCGUGCAAGAGGACGACCAAAGGAUUUCAAGCUGGACGAGGCUAUUGAGGAAUACGAGCGUCAGCGAGAGGAGAGAAGAGACGCAGAGAAGGACGAAGCUCACAGGCAGAGGCAGGCAGGCAGAAGGGCUCAAGGACUUUCUAGCACGAGGCUUUGGACAGGCCCACCGAGAGGACAGAUGCCUUUCACGCUCGACAUCGAUGAUUUAGGGGUUUCGCGGGACGCAUUGUACGUGGAGUCGGAGAACGAGUCUACUCCUACCGCGCCUAGCCAAAGAUGA